GACAGCACAAACAGGCGGUUAUAAAUUAACUGACAUUCAGACCCACACUAUCUUUACAAAGGGCACAUUACGACAGCUGACCGACAGGUUCACUCAGAUGACACUCAUGCUUCCUUCAGUGCUCAGGUCCUGUUCUCCCAGGUUCAGAUUCUGGAGACUUCAGUGCAGCUCAAGUUUCCACCAGGAACGUCGAUCUAGGUCUCUACAUGUGGACAGUCGUCCCCAAAACCCCUCCCUGACCACCAGUUAUGUCCACGGCACCUCCUCUGUUCCCCUGCUUCCUCUGACUGUGGGUCAGAGCCUGGACAGGACAGUGGAGAGAUGGCCUGACCGUGAGGCUGUGGUCUUCCCUCAGGAUGGAACCAGAAAAACCUUUGCACAGUUUCAACAAGAUGUUGACCAGGCAGCUGCAGGUCUCCUCGCUCUGGGCCUAAAACGGGGCGACCGACUGGGACUGUGGGGGCCCAACAAUUAUGAAUGGAUCCUUUUCCAGUUUGCUAUGGCCAAAGCUGGAAUUGUAAUGGUGUCACUGAAUCCGGCCUAUCAAGUGAAGGAGGUGGAGUUCACCUUAAAAAAGGUCCAGUGUAAGGCAGUGCUCUGUCCAACUCACUUCAAAAGCCAGAAGUUCUGUGAGAUGCUGAAGGAGAUCUGCCCAGAGAUUGAGUCGUCAACAGGGGGCGUCAUACAAAGUUCCAGGCUGCCAGACCUGCACAUGGUGAUUGUGAUGGACAGCAGACAGUCAGGGAUGCUCCACGUGGACGAUGUGAUGCAGGCGGCAGAGAGUCGCCAUCACAGAGAGCUGAUGGACCUACAGAGCAGGCUGUCAUGUGACGAUCCCAUCAACAUUCAGUUCACAUCGGGUACAACAGGGAAUCCAAAAGGAGCGGUCCUCUCCCAUCACAAUAUUGUCAAUAAUGUGUACUUCAUGGGUCAACGAGUGGGUUACACAUCCAAACCAAAUGUGAGAGUGUGUACUCCUGUGCCGAUGUUCCACUGCUUUGGCUCAGUGCUUGGUGGUGUGAGUAUGGCUGUGAAUGGCAUCACACUCGUAUUUCCUGGUUCUGCCUAUAACCCCAAAGCCAUUCUGCAAUCCAUUGGGAGUGAAAAGUGCAACUUCCUGUAUGGCACACCUACAAUGUACAUUGAUCUGCUCAGUCAACCAGAUUUACAUAAAUAUGAUUUGUCAUCACUUGAGUCUGGGAUCAUGGGCGGAGCUUCAUGUCCUGCUGAUGUUGUGAAGAAACUGAGGACAGACAUGAACAUGACCGAGAUCAUUUUAGCUUACGGAUCCACUGAGAAUAGUCCAGUUGUGUUCCUGGGAUUUCCAGAAGACAACGAUGAGCUGAAGAUAAACACGGCUGGAUGUGUCAUGGCUCACACUGAGGCUAAAGUGGUGGAUCCAAACAACGGGAUGACGGUUCCUCUGGGUGAACCAGGAGAACUGAUGAUCAGAGGAGCCUGUGUCAUGCUUGGUUACUGGGACGAUCCAGAGAAGACCAGAGAGGCUAUCACCGAGAGUCGAUGGUACAAGACUGGGGACACUGCCACUCUGAACAGUCUGGGAUACUGCCAAAUUGUAGGUCGUAUCAAGGACAUGAUCAUCCGUGGAGGAGAGAACAUCUACCCUGCUGAGAUAGAGCAGUUUCUCUAUACACAUCCCAAAGUGCAGGAGGUGCAGGUGGUGGGGGUGAAGGAUGAGAGGCUGGGUGAGCAGGUCUGUGCCUGCAUCAGGCUGAAGGAGGGUCAGAGCUGCAGUACAGAGGAGAUUAGAGACUUCUGUAAAGGACAGAUUUCCCAUUUCAAAAUCCCACAGUUCGUGGUCUUUGUAGACAGCUUCCCCCUGACUGAUUCUGGAAAGAUCAAGAAAAAUGUACUCAAGCAGGACAUUGAGAAGAUUCUGGGACUUUAAUUUGACUUACACCAACGCCACCUGCUGGAGACAAAUAGGUCUGAGUGAAAACAGGAAAAGAACAUAUCUAUGAUAUAACAUAUCUAUAAAAUUUGGACAAUUUGCGUAAAAAUAAGAAUUUGUUUAAUAAUUAAAAUGUUUUUAUCUACAUAUGCAUGUAUAUUUUUUUAUAUGCAGUAUAUAUUGAUGAAACUAGUUAAAUGCUAAAAUUAGGGCCUAUUAAGAAUGUAUGGUUUGGUAAAGGUUUUAUGAUGGUGAGACUAAUUUAUUGUUUCUGUUUUGUUAGCUUCUUCUCUUUCAGUUGGUGUUUGUUCAUAUGUGGAUUUGUGUGUGUUCUGUCCUUUAACUGGUGGGCUGGUCACUUUCAGUGUUAUCUUGAGAGGAGGGUCAAAGUGGCUGAGAACAUGUUGUAUAAGUGAUCUAGGUUAAACAUUAGAUCUACUUCUCACAAAUUCUGGUAAAACUACACUGGAGCCUUUAUUCAGUCAUUUGUUUUAAGCUAAAUAAGAAGGUUUUUUUUUUUCAUUUUUAGUGAGACAAAUGUAUCCAUAGUUGUCUACAACACAAUCCAAUUCCCAAAGUUACACUGAAGAGUUUAUGCAAGUAACAGUCUGUGUAGUUUCUUAAUCAUCAGGUAAACAUGUGUGAAGUGGGGACACAUGAUAGAUCAUUUUGUUACUUUUUGUGUAGAGAUUGCAUUAAAUUGACUGCUCACAUUACAGUGAUUAUGGCUGGGUAUAAAAUGGGUUUUAGUGUUUGUGUAAAUAUAAUGAACCAGACUGUCCUGGUUGACUUGUUUCAAUAAUGCUAUCACAUGUGCUUAAGAUGGCUGUCACAACACCGCCCCAAUGACUUUUUUUUGUUUUUUGGAAAAAAUAUGUCACUAAAUUCAAAGUGCCACAUUACAAAAACACCACCUUGACCAAAAUAUGACCGCCUCCCAAAUAUUGUACCACAAGUUUACGUAACAAAACCUUCGUUUUCUCCAUGGGAGCCUAUUAAACCGAGGGCGAUAGAUAAGCUAGAACCGCCCCUGUGAACACCUCUCCAAGUCUUCUUUUACUGACUUUUACACACUGCGGAUCAGUCGUGUUCGUUGGGGCAAUGGCAAAACUCGUUGCAAGUUUUUCUCCGUUGAGGUUCUGUGUCCACAAACUUAGACCAGUGGACGGACAUAGACACCGCAGGAAUGUGCUGCACGGCUGUCUGUAAGUGUUUGCUCUGAUUAUAAAAUAACAACGCCCGUUUUCCUCUCUAUAUAUUUUACUACUGUAUCUCUCCUAACGUCACUAGUUGUUUAAAAUGUUGCGCAGUUUUGUGCGCUUUAAAACGGAUAUGUUUCGAACUUCUGUCGCUCAGUAGAUUCACUAGAUUGUUAUGUAAAUAUGAAUGUUACCAAAAUAGUAUGCAUGAGUGAAAUGUCACGUUGCCAUGAAAUGCUUUUCAAAUGUCAAAUAAAUUAUAUAAAAAAA